CGGAGGAAGAGGGAAGCAAGGAGCCGAUCCAUUCGCGCACGCCCGGCCCUGCCCAGCCCUGCCCGGCCCUGCCCAGCCGUGCGCGCCCACCUUCCGCCGGGACAGGGACCGGCGGCACUCGGCUCCGACCCGCUAAACCGGGCCCCGAGCGAGAAUGGCGCUCCCGCCCAGCCACGCCGCGGUCUCCAGGGCGGCCUCGGUGGCCGAGAGCUGCAUCAACUACCAGCAGGGCACCCCGCACAAGCUGUUCCAGGUGCAGGCGGUGGAGCAGGCGCGCCGGGAGGAUCUUCCAGAAAAAGGACACAAGUACCACAUUAAAUUUUCCGUGGAAGAAAUUAUCCAAAAAGUCACAGUGAGCUGCACAGCGGAGGUGCUUUACCCACUGUGCGGACAGGACACGGCACCGGAGGUCAACUUCACAUUCCAAGGGGGCAUCGGAAAGAACCCCGAUGAAGAAGACAACAUGUUCUAUCAGACCCUCAAGUCCACGAAGGACCCACUAGAAGCACAGAACAUUCCAGACAAUUUUGGAAAUGUACUUCCACAAAUGAAGCCUGUUCAACACUUAGCCCAGGUCGCCUGUGGUUACAUAAUAUGGCAGAAUUCAACUGAAGAUACGUGGUAUAAAAUGGCAAAAAUUCAAACUGUCAAGCAAGUGCAAAGGAACGAUGACUUUAUUGAGCUAGACUAUAGCAUCCUGCUACACGACAUUGUGUCUCAGGAGGUUAUUCCUUGGCAAAUGCAAGUUCUCUGGCACCCACAAUAUGGCACAAAAGUAAAACAUAACAGUCGCCUCCCAAAGGAAGCAGAGCUGGGCCUGUGACCUUCGCGCCAUUCCUCACUGGGAUCUGGCCUCAGGGCCCAACCAAACCCCGAGGGUAACCACACACAUCGAUGUCUUCGUCACUCUAACAAUGCCGUGUGUAUCCUCUAAUAAAUGAUUCCAUUUCA